GUAUAUAGCCCAUAAAUUAAACCCGGUAGUAAAAUACUUGUUCAAAUAUUUGAUACUUACUACGUUCAGACAUAAAUCACUGUGUCACAAAUUAACGCUGGCUUUUUGCUAAAACAUUGAUUUCAGUAAGAUUGAUCCAACAGUUGAAGAUCGUUCAAAACGUAUGUGAAUUCAUCUAUAUUGACCGAACGGUUCUUUGGUAUUCCACUUUUCUCCAUCAAUCUUACUUUUUGUUUCGCUGGUUAACUGCAAGAUGAAACUUUUACUAGCUGCUAUUGUUUCCCUCUUCUUAUUGCAUACUUUGGGCAUUCCAUUAUCCUCAAACACAAGAUAUAUGACUAUAGAUCAACAGUUGGAAUGUUAUAACUGCGGUUCAGUUGGGUGGAAUGUGGAGUCUUGUAACAAAACUUCAAUAUGUCCUCCAAAUAACGCAUGUUUCCUGUCAUUCAGUACUACAGGUAUGAGUGGAAAUUAUAAUCUUAGUUGCAUAGAUAACAAGCUGUGCCGAGACCCUUCAAGAAAGGAGAAAGUAUCCGUUCCGUUUUACCGUUUCCAGUGCUGUUACACCAACCGAUGCAACAAACACUGGGUAUAAAGAUAGGAGUGAGAGACAUGCAUUUCAGUCAAAGAUGUGCCUUAUUAACCUUUACAGUGCUACAAACAUUUAUUAACUUUGACUAACAUUGACAUUUUUGUUUUCUUCAUUAUGUUAUAUAUCCUAUUCUGAAUGAGUUAGUAGUUAUGUAGCAAAAAUUCAAAUUGAGAAAUGAAUAUUAUCUUGAA